UGAUUGUGGGAAAGAGGCGGGGGAAAGGGAUGGGAAACUGCUGCUGCGGCUGCCGUGCUCCACGCAUUGGGACGGGAACGCUGCACACAGCUGCGGACACAAACCCGUCCCUGCACCACCGGGCCGGUGCGGAGCUGCCCAAGGACCCUGGGGAGAAUGUCCCCUGCUCUCCCGAAUCGUGAGCACUGUGGGGAGUAGAAAAAUAGACAUCCGCCCUCGAUAAAACAUCAACCCGUCCUCAGUCCCAUAUUGACACAGAAACCAGAAGGAGAGCCAAUGAAAAGCCGAGUAGGAGAUAAUGGGAAAGAAAGGACCCCUCAAACCCAGAUGAGGUCACUAUCAAAUUUGAAUGUUUCCCAACAUGUCCUCCUGCCUUCUCCAUCCACGCUGCAUCCUCCUGGCAGCCUUGGCAUUCUUAUGUGUCUGGGCCAUCUUUGGUCCCUCUGGGCUAAGGAAGGAGUUAUCCUUCACUCCCCCAAUGCCAGCCCCAGCUGCACCUGCACCCCCGCUCUCCUUGCCCCACCUUCUGAUCCCUAAUGUAGGGGCUUGCAAAAGUUCUGGUUCCCAGCCUUUUCUUCUGAUCCUAGUGAGCACCGCACCUGAGCAUCAAGAGCAGAGAGAUGCUAUUCGAGCCUCCUGGGGAGCUCUUCGGGAGAUCCAUGGUCACUUGGUCCGGACUCUCUUCAUACUUGGGGAACCUGAUUAUAAUCAUUGGGAAAACAUUAGGGAGGUGCUAAAAUGGGAAGCACAGGUUGAGGGGGAUAUCGUGCAGGCCGCUUUCACUGAUUCAUAUCGAAACCUUACCCUGAAAACCUUAAGUGGACUGGCAUGGGCAGCCAGGUAUUGCCCCAAUGUUCAUUAUGUCCUCAAGACUGACGAUGAUGUUUAUAUCAAUGUCCCUGGGCUUGUGGCUGAACUUGACAAACGAGAAAAGGAUCUGCAACAGAGAGAUCCUAACAGAGAUAGAAUUCUUCAAGGGGGGGCCGAAAGUGGAGAGAAAGAAUCAGCGUUGCCCCCUGCUGUGCCCCAUCUGUACCUUGGCCAUGUCCACUGGAGAGUUUACCCUUCCCGCUUGAAGGGGAGCAGGCAUCAGGUGUCGGAGGUCCAGUGGCCUUCUGAGCGGGGUGCCUUCCCCCCUUACGGUUCAGGCACUGGCUAUGUGUUGUCAGCCCCAGUCCUGCAGCUGAUUCUGAGGGCAGCUGGUGGUGUGCCUCUAAUCCCAGUAGAAGAUAUUUUUGUUGGGGUGAUUGCCAAGAAGGUGGGGGUUGCACCUACCCACAAUUCUCGGAUAGCAGGUGCUGCCCGAUACCCCAUCGACCGCUGCUGUUUUGGGAGGAUCUUGCUAACUUCUCACCACAUGGAGCCCUGGGAGAUGAAGAGUGCCUGGGAGCUUGUGAGGGGUUCCUCAGGGAAUGGGGACAAGCCACUCUGCUCAUGGCUUCAGGAAACUCUUGGAAUGCUGAGAUGUUGGAUGCUGAACUGGUGGUAUUUUUGACAAUAUGUGAAUCCUCAGAAGAGAAGAGCUGAGGCUGAAGAUCUAUCAGAAGGAGGUGUUGGGAAAGGCUGGCCCACAGUGGGAUCUGGAUACUUGGGAUGCAGUUGCCCUGGGAUUUUAUCCUUCUUCUCCAACAAUCCUAGUUUAUCAUGAAGCAAUGAAGUAUCUCCCCAGGCUAUGGAUUCAGUGGCCUGAGCUGUAAUUCCAUUCCCCCCCCCCCCCUUUUUUCUUUCUUUCUUUCUUUUUUUUUUGCUGAGGCAAUUGGGGUUAAGUGACUUGCCCAGGGUCACACAGCUGGGAAGUGUUAAGUGUCUGACAGCAGAUUUGAACUCAGGUCCUCCUAACUUAAGAGCCGGUGCUCUAUCCACUGUGCCACCUAGUUGCUCCCCAUUUCACAUUCUUAAGAGUUUGGAAGUAUCAGAAAAGGACUCAGCUCCAAGACAGCUGGAUAUGGAGGAGUCCUAAUCAACAGGGGAAGGGGGAAAAAAAAAAGCCUUCUUUUCCAUCCUGGGAUGGUCAGAAGGAACAGAGUUGACUGUCCCCCAAGUUGCAAUGCAUUUGUUCAGGGGCAGGAGAAGAUGACAGUUAUUUCUCAGUAAAACCUCCUUGUUUCCCCA